AUGUCUGAAGUUCUAACAAUGUAUUCCGAUCAUACAGGAAAUUACUGUGUUAAGUCUCUACAUGUCCCAAGUGAUGGUGGUGAAAACCUGACAAGUCUUUACAUGCACUUGGAGCAUCAAAACUCUUCCUCCAGUGCCCGAAAAAAUGAAGAACUAUUGGAAAAAGUUAUCCUUAAACGAAAGGAGCGGUUAGUAAAAUAUACACACCUCUUUGGUAGUCUUGAUCUGCUAGAUGAUGCUGAGAAGCAUAAUAUUCAGAAAUUACACUCUCAAGGGUUUAAUGAAGAGAAGGAAGGAGAAUUUUCAACUAAAAGAGUUCGAAAAAGAAAACUACCUAAAAGAAAAUCCACCGAUAUUGACAAUGAUAGGAUUUCAGAUGAACAAAUGGCCCAUUUCGAUCACAUUUUCUGUGACCUAAACCUGAAAAAGAUGUGGAUCCUUAAAUCUGAUCAUAUUGUUGAGAAAAUAAUUUACGAAUACGCAAGAACUUUGAAAUACGGGUCUUGUUUACACUCCUUCAUAAUUAGCAAUAUUGAUGAAAAAGCAAAAUCAUUAUUUCAAAAUGAAGAAUGGAAAGAGAUAUUUUUCUCAAACUGCAAAAAAAUGCCAAAAAUCGAUAAAUCAGUUAUUGAGCUUCUGAAAAAAUAUUCAGAUGAUAACAAUUUCACUCUGGAUUCUUCAAAAUUAGAAGGAUGGUUUCAACACAAUAUAUGGAGUUCUAUUAUUGAUCCUUCAUUUCAUAUUAAUUCAAGGAUUAAUUUGAUAUGUGAAGAAAGUAUGAGCCUGGCAUCUAGCGAUAGAAAGAAUGAUACAAGUUGUAACGUAAAUCAUAGGACUUCAUCUAGUGAUAGUUGUGAUGUGAAUCGAAAAAAGAUCAGUAGGAAAGGGGAUGAGAUUUUUAGGUUGAAAGGUAAUAGGUUAGAAUUUAGAGCCAUUGAAGCGGAAAGAAAGUGA